AUGCUGGCAUUUUCCACUUCCGGACUUUAUGGCUCCUAUGAAGAUCUGCAGAUUGGGCAAGUUUCAGAAGCCUUGGUGGAUUUUACAGGAGGUGUUAACACAAGGAUCAAGCUUGCAGAAGCUCCUCCUGAUCUGUGGGAUAUCCUGACAAGAGCCACCUACAGCAGAUCUCUCAUGGGCUGUCAAACACACCUAGGGACAACAAAGGUCCUGAAGAAUGGACUUGUUGCUGGCCAUGCCUACACAGUAACUGGUAUUAGAAAGGUUACCUGUCAAAAUGGACCAGAAAACCUAGUGAGACUGAGAAAUCCAUGGGGAAAAAUUGAAUGGAAAGGAGACUGGAGUGACAGCUCUUACAAGUGGGAGCUGCUGAGCCCAAAGGAGAAGAUUUUGCUGAGGAAAAAGAAGGAGGAUGGAGAAUUCUGGAUGUCUCUGCGAGAUUUUAGGAUUCAUUUUGUAGAUCUGAUGAUCUGUAAACUAACUCCAGACCUGAUGAGCCAGGAAGAUGGGAAAAAGUGGAUGUAUUCCCUGAAGAGUGGGAGAUGGGUUAAAGGAAGUACAGCAGGAGGAAGUCUGGGAUUCUGUAAUGGCAACUUUUGGAUGAACCCUCAGUACUGGCUGAAUGUUUUACCAGUUGAAGACGGUAAGAAAAGCCUGAAUUCAUGCAGUGUGGUUAUAUCCCUGAUGCAGAAACACAGCAGCAAACACCGGAACCGAGCUCCUCACCUUUUCAUUGGAUUUUCACUCUACAAGUACCAGGAAAGCAACAGAAAACUGCCCCCAGCUUUCUUCACCCGACAUCAGCCUGUGAACAAACACCAGGUUUUCCUUGAUGAGCGGGAAGUGACUCAUGACUUCCAUCUGGAGCCUUGUGUCUAUGUGAUUGUCCCAUCCACCCUGGAGCCUCAGCAAGAGUCCGAAUUCAUCCUCCGGGUCUUCUCCAGAAAACAUGUUCUUCGGGAAAUGGGUGGGAACACGAGUUUCACCCUCUCUAAGGAAAUUGUUGAUAGAUAUGAAGGAAAGAUUUGGGAGGAUUUCUUCACAAAGCAUUUUGAACAGAAUCCUGAAAUAAAUGCUGUUCACCUCCAGAAGAUGUUGAAUAAUAUAUCUUGGAGAAACUUCCAGAAUUUUCACCUGAAUUUCAGCCUGGAUUCCUGCCAGGGUAUCUUGGCACUCCUGGAUCUGAAUGCCACUGGCACACUGAGUAUCCAGGAAUUCAGAGUCCUGUGGAAAAGGCUGCUUUUCUAUUUGGAAGUUUUCCAGAAAAGAGACACAAACAGAUCAGGAAAGCUUGACCUCGUGGAACUGCAUGCAGCUGUACAGGAGACAGGCAUUUCACUCAGCAAUGAAGUCUGUAAUUUGAUGGCAAUCAGAUAUGGUGACCCUGACUUACAGAUCAGCUUUGAGAGCUUUGUUUGCUUCAUGCUUCGAGUGGAGAUCAUGGGAGAGGCAUUUCGCAACUUAACACAGGAUGGCAAAGGGAUAUAUCUCCGGGAAUCUGAGUGGAUGAUGAUGACACUUUAUUCCUGAAGCAGUGCU